AUUUCCCAUUUGCCUAUGGCCUAUGCUGCUCCUCUUCCCCUUCUUCCUCUUCUACCUUCAAUUUCUCCUAUUUUUCUCUACUUGCUUUUUUGGUCUCUCUUUAGAUUGACCCAUAUUCUCGCCAUUCUUCAUUUAAUAAAGAAACAGCUUCACCCCAUCAAGCAGAAUGAUGAUUUUUUUAACUCUUUUUGCAAUCCCCGAUUUUCAGCAUUUCUGGGGUCCGUUUGAGCUGCUGGAGAAGAAGUUGGUUGAUUGAGAGAGGAAUCAAUCUGUUCCUGGUGCUCAAUUUGUGACUUGGAUAUUUGGUUUACAAAUUGAGUAGAGUUUCGAUUCUGUUUUACAUGGUGUGAGCUGAAAAGUGAAAACCUUCCCAUGUGUAACAAGGGAAUAGAUGAUCAUCAACAGCAGCAUAAUAAUCAAGCUGUGUAUUUGAUGGAUUCGCCUUCAUCAACCACGGUAUCUGCCUUGGCUUCCUCUGUCCCUGGUUCGAAUGAUGAAACCCCGCGUCUAAAAUUCUUAUGUAGCUUCCUCGGUAGCAUUUUGCCUCGACCACAAGAUGGGAAAUUGAGGUAUGUUGGUGGUGAAACGCGAAUUGUAAGCCUGCCUAGAGAUAUUAGUUAUGAGGAUUUGAUGAUUAAGAUGAGGGAGCUUUACGAUGGGGCAGUAGUUUUGAAAUAUCAGCAGCCAGAUGAGGAUCUUGAUGCUUUGGUGUCAGUUGUGAAUGAUGAUGAUGUUACUAACAUGAUGGAGGAGUAUGAGAAGCUGGGCGCUGGUGAUGGAUUCACCAGGCUUAGAAUUUUUUUGUUUUCUCAUCCUGACAGAGAUGGUUCAUCACACUAUGUUGAUGGGGAUGAGAGAGAAAGUGAGAGGAGGUAUGUGGAUGCAUUGAACAGUUUAAAUGAUGACUCUGAUUAUAACAAGUGUGACUCUCCUGUGAUGGCCCCAGUUUCAGAUGAUAUUCGUUUAGUAGAACAAUUCUUUAACAGUAUGAGUGUUGAUGCUGGCCUUCAUAGCCAGAGGAACGGUGAGAUGUUGAUGCCGCCAUGUAAUUUGCAUCAUCUUAAUAUUCCUCAGAUGGGAUCUGGGCAACUACUGCCACCAGUUCCUCAGAGGUACAAUGAAAUGGAAGGUACAUGGAGUCCUGCUUAUUAUUCUCCUAGGCACCAUGGGCACCAUGAUCCUAGAAUGCUAUCAGAUUUUCCGCCUUCACCAUCUUCAACUCGUUACCGAGUACCAUUUCCAGAAUCAACAGACAAAUGCCUGGAUAGAUUGCCUGAGGAAUAUGUGAGGCAGCAAUUGAGUCAUCAUCAUCAAUAUGAACACCAACCACAGUUUUCAGAUAAUGGAGUAUGGAUGCCAACUGGAGCUAUACCUGGUAAUAAGGUAGGUGGUUUUCCUGGUAACAUACUUCAUGGACAUGGUGUUUAUGAGGGAAACCACAUCUGUGAGCACUACAGAGCCACUUUCAGCAGAAAUCAAUCGCCGCAUUUGGAACAUCCCAACAUGGGAAAUGGUGGUCCUCAGGUUAAUAAUCUGUGUGCAGAAUGCCCCCCAAACCAUGAAGCUUUUAUGCUGAAUGCAGAUGGAAAAUCUCAGCACGGCUUUUAUCCCAAAGGUCAGACUGAUUCCGGUUCUGUUUAUGGUGAAACACACAGUAAUGAAAGAGGACGGGUCUUGCAGAACCAAUUGAACCCUUGUGUUGAGGAAGUGAGAAGUCAUGUACCUGUAGCUAGAAGGUUUAAUGACCACUAUUUUCUAGAUAGUGCUGGCAUGAAUUUACCUCUCGGGCAUGCUAGUAUAGCUGAUGGCCAUCAUCUGCCCUCAAAUUAUGUUCAUCACCAAUGUGGAUCUGAAUUGGGAAACGAAGCAUUUCACGAUCAAGUUGUGGUUCCUUCACCCCAUCUGCAAAUUUCUCCUGAAGAACACGGAGUUCGCUAUGGGAAUUAUCCUUACCCUUAUGGAGGAGAUAAUAUAUACCAAGCGCCACAUGGACAUGUACAUGCACAGUCCUUGUGGAGAAAUGUUCAGAACCCAACUCAUGGUGCUACUGCUUACGAAGCAUCUGGCUUAGCGGAACAAAUAAAUGGUGCAUUUAACUCGGCACAUUUGAAAGGUCUGGUGGAAGGUAGUUCAACGCUUUGUGUUGCAACAGAUAAUCAAAAUCCUUGGGUUGAGUCUUCACAAAAGAUGCCAGGUUUUAAUGGGACCGCUGUUCCAGACAAUGCUUACGCCCAUCCUCUUAAGGAGAACAUUGAUUCUCAUGAUCUAGAAACUCCACAAUCUGUCACAAUGCAACCAGUUCAAUGCCAACAAGACAUGCUAAAUGUUGCCAUUACCACAGAACCUAUUCAGUGUCCGGAUCUACCUUCGACUUUAAUUCCCUAUAACUCGGUUUCCAGUAACAAGCCUAGAUCACGAGAUCAUUCUGAUGCCAUUGGGGCAUUGACUGAGGAGAAAAUUGUAGCCAUGGUAGAUAAAGAAGCAAGUCAUGCAGUGAAGAUGGAAAAUUUUGACAUUCCAAGUAUGAGCUGCGCUGAGCAAAACAAAAUUAUUGAAAAUGAAUCUGAAACAGCAUCUGUUGAUACUAGCAUUUCAAGUGGAAAAAAACUUGUUGAAAAGGGCGGUGAGCAAGCAAAACCUGGUGGAAAAGAUCCUAGUGCUGCUGAAAAUUCAAAGCUAUCUGUAAACCAUUUGAGUUUCAUACCUCAGUUUGUUGCAUCAGUUAAAAAAGCAGCUUUAGAAGAGGUUGAAGAAGUGAAAGCCAAAGUUGAAGAUGGUACCUCCCUGAAGCGUGAUGCAGUUCAAGGAGAAGCAUCUGCAAAUGAAUCCGAUUCAGUGAAUGCCCAUGGUGAGGUGGAACUGGAUUCUGAUAAUGAUAACAUAUCCCAGUCCAAAAUUGAGCCUACAAGGGCUGAGGCUGAAGCUAUUGCGCGAGGCUUACAGACAAUAAAGAACGAUGAUCUAGAGGAGAUCCGACAAUUAGGCUCUGGAACAUAUGGGGCAGUUUAUCAUGGCAAAUGGAAAGGUUCUGAUGUAGCAAUCAAGAGAAUUAAAGCCAGCUGUUUUGCAGGGAAGCCUUCUGAAAGAGAACGAUUGAUUGCAGAUUUCUGGAAAGAAGCUCUGAUAUUGAGUUCAUUACAUCAUCCAAAUGUUGUUUCUUUCUAUGGAAUAGUUCGCGAUGGCCCUGAUGGAUCAUUAGCUACUGUUACAGAGUUCAUGGUUAAUGGAUCCUUGAAGCAGUUUUUACAGAAGAAGGAUAGGACCAUUGAUCGUCGUAAGAGACUCAUCAUAGCCAUGGAUGCUGCAUUUGGAAUGGAAUAUUUGCAUGGAAAGAACAUUGUGCAUUUUGAUUUGAAAUGUGAAAAUCUUUUGGUAAAUAUGAGAGAUCCACAGCGUCCAGUGUGCAAGAUUGGUGAUUUGGGCUUGUCAAAGGUCAGACAACAUACUUUAGUUUCGGGAGGUGUUCGUGGAACUCUACCCUGGAUGGCACCUGAGCUUUUGAGUGGUAAAAGCAACAUGGUAUCUGAAAAGAUUGAUAUCUACUCUUUUGGCAUUGUUAUGUGGGAGUUACUCACUGGUGAAGAGCCUUAUGCAGAUAUGCAUUGUGCUUCUAUAAUUGGGGGAAUUGUAAACAACACGUUACGGCCAAAAAUACCGUCAUGGUGCGAUCCUGAAUGGAAGGCGUUGAUGGAAAAGUGUUGGGCCUCUGAUGCUGCAGAGAGACCUCCAUUUUCCGAAAUAUCUCAGAAGUUGAGGAGCAUGGCUGCUGCUAUAAAUGUAAAAUGAAACCAAUCCUGAAGCAACGGCGAGACUGCAUGUGGGGAAAAACAAAAGUAAGACAUCCAGUUAAUGCAGUUUUUGGUCAUCUACCGGUUAGUCUAAAUGUCUAAUAAUGCCAUGCAUUUGGUUCUGCUGUAAUGGAAUUCUUGUAGUACCGCGACACAGUCGUUUCGAGGGUCAAAUGUAGACCACAACCUGGGCUGAAUUAUGUUCUCAAGGAGAGGGAGAGCCAUGAAAUUAGGGUUGGGAUUUGAUGUGAGUUUCAACAGGUUUUAUAAUCUUAUAUAUUUUUCACGAAAAUGGUUUCUCAUUACCAUGGACAGGUAAAUGCAAUAACGAUAGUGGUACUAGAGGAUGUAUGCAUAUAUGUUUUGUCUUUAAAGACAUGUAUGUAAAAGCUGAUGGUAAUUAAUAAUGCAUGGCACUUGCAUGCUUUUGAUC